CGGGGAGGGAAGGGCGCUUGCUCGCCGGCGCAUGCGCGCGGGGAAGGUGAAAGGUCGGCAACAUGGCGGCGGCCUCUUCAGGCGAUGAAGUGCCGGACAAUGAGGACUAUUAUUCGUUGCUGAAUGUGCGGCGGGAGGCCUCUCAAGAGGAGUUGAAAGCCGCCUACCGCCGGCUGUGCAUGUUGUACCAUCCCGACAAGCACAGAGACCCCGAACUCAAGAGGCAGGCUGAACAGCUCUUCAACCUCCUGCAUCAGGCUUACGAAGUGCUCAGUGACCCUCAGACCCGAGCCAUCUAUGACAUUUAUGGAAAGCGAGGCCUUGAGAUGGAAGGAUGGGAGGUGGUCGAAAGGAGGAGGACCCCGGCCGAAAUCCGGGAGGAAUUUGAACAAUUGCAGCGCGAGAGGGAAGAGAGGCGGCUUCAGCAGCGGACGAACCCCAAAGGCACGAUUAGCGUCGGAGUGGAUGCGACCGACCUGUUUGACCGCUAUGACGAGGAGUUUGAAGACGUGUCGGCCAGCCCUUUCCCCCACAUCGAAAUCAACCGGAUGCACAUAUCGCAGUCCAUCGAGGCCCCGCUCACGACCACGGACACCGCCAUCCUCUCGGGAAACCUCUCGACGCAGAACGGCAAUGGCGGCGGCUCGGUCAGCCUGGGACUCCGGCGGGUGACCUCCGCCAAAGGAUGGGGAGAGCUAGAAUUCGGAGCCGGAGACCUGCAGGGCCCCGUCUUUGGCCUGAAGAUGUUUCGCAAUCUCACGCAGCGAUGCUUCGUCACCACGAACUGCGCCCUCCAGUUCUCCUCGCGUGGCAUCCGUCCCGGCCUUACGACGGUGCUGGCCCGGAAUCUGGACAAGAACACCAUGGGCUACCUGCAGUGGCGCUGGGGCAUCCAGUCCGCCAUGAACACCAGCCUCGUCCGGGACACCAAAUCCAGCCACUUCACCAUGGCCUUCCAGCUGGGCAUCCCCCACUCCUUCGUCAUGGUCAGCUACCAGCACAAGUUUCAGGAUGAAGAUCAGACACGGGUCAAAGGGUCCCUGAAAGCUGGCUUUUUUGGCACCGUCGUGGAGUACGGAGCGGAGCGGAAGAUCUCCAAGCACAGCGUCCUGGGGGCCACGGUCAGCGUCGGGGUACCCCAGGGCGUCUCGCUGAAGAUCAAGCUGAACAGAGCCAGCCAGACGUAUUUCUUUCCCAUCCACUUGACCGACCAACUGCUGCCCAGCGCCGUGUUCUAUGCCACGCCGGGAAUCAGUCCCGACUCCCUUCGGGAAAUCCGGUGA